CCUGUUGUAUUCGGCGCAUGUGACAAAUAACAUUUGAUUUGGGCCACCAUGGCUAUGCCCCCAUAGGAUGAUAAUGCCCCCAGCUACAGGCCGAGAGUGGUCACUGAAUGGUUUGAUGAGAAUGAAAAUUAUAUAAACCAUAUGCCAUGGCUGUCUCAGUUACCAGAUCGCAACCCAGUUCACACUUAUGGGAGAUUCUGGAGCGGCGCCGGAGACGGCGUUUUCCACCACCAUCUACAGAGCUCCAAAUGAUGGAAUUUAUUUUGGAAGAAUGUAAACACAUCCCUUCAGUAGCGUUUCAGACACUUGUAGAAUCUAUGCCAAGGUGCAUUGGAGCUGUUCUGUCUUGUGGUGGCCCAAUACCCUAUUAAGAUACUUUGUUGGUGUUUCCUUUAGUUUGGCAGUUAGCUGUAUAUGCUACUGUUAUCAGUUGUGAAAAAGUAGCUAAAUGGCUUCCCUAAUUUUAGGAAUUUCCAUCUCUUGUAUUCAUAGGCUUGCAGAGGUCAUUGACUGUUUGCCAGGGGGCAGCAGAUAUGUCGCUUCUCCACCAUAAUCCAUCAUCAAACCAUGCAGAGUUCUGUGCUUUCUACCCCUGCAUGGGCUUGUCUGUCUGCUAAAGCCAUCCAGACACCCCAACAGGUCAUCCUGUUACGCCUGGUCCAGCAGCCAAGCAGAAACCUCACGUACAUCAGCCUGAAGAAGGGAAAGAGGAAGUCUGUGAAAUCAGUGGUGAAGAGGUUCAUGCGGCUGCACUGUGGCCUAUGGAUUAGACGCAAGGCUGGAUACAAGAAAAAACUGGAAGAAGUUGCCUGCAAGAAAGAAGCGUUUAAGGGAGCAUGUGUUUUGUAACGAAACACCGACCGAGCUUUUGGAAAAAAUGACCACAAAAUUCUGGAAGAGGAGGAACUUGUUUGUCAAUGAUCCCUACAAGAAAUACCAUGAAUGUGUCAACCUAAAAGUCUAACAGCCCAGUGGGUUCUUCAGGAACAAAACUGAUGUGUGCGCAACUCUUGGGGCAAAACAGACGGGGUUGGCUUUGAACUAAAGGAUUGUUGACAACAUGUAAACUAUAUUUCCUCUCAAAUUUUUCUUGAAAAUAAAUGUGCACUUCUCUCAAAUACACCGGUACAGUGACUGGCGAAAGUAGUCACUCCCCUUGGCAUUUUUCCUAUUUUGUUGCCUUACAACCUGGAAUUAAAAUAGAUUUUGGGGG